CUCUCCCGCCGGCCCGCCACGCCCCGCCCCGCGCCGGGUGUCCGCCGUCGCCACCGCCGGGGCAGGGGAGCGCUUCCCCAACUUGGAAAGCGGGGCCGCAGCGCCCGCCGCCGGCGGGGCAGCCAUGGAGGCAGCGGCGCGGAGGCGGCAGCAUCCGGGAGCGGCGGGCGGCGCGGGCGCGCAGCCGGGCGCGUCCUUCCUGCAGGCCAGGCACAGCUCCGUCAAGGCUGAUGAAGCUGCCGGCACAGCUCCCUUCCACUUUGACCUCUGGUUCUACUUCACCCUGCAGAACUGGGUUCUGGAUUUUGGCCGCCCCAUUGCCAUGCUGGUGUUCCCUCUCGAAUGGUUUCCGCUCAACAAGCCCAGCGUGGGGGACUACUUCCACAUGGCCUACAACAUCAUCACGCCCUUCCUUCUGCUCAAGCUCAUUGAGCGGUCCCCCCGCACCCUGCCACGCUCCAUGAUCUACGUCAGCAUCAUCACCUUCGUCAUGGGUGCCAGCAUCCACCUGGUGGGCGACUCCGUGAACCACCGCUUGCUCUUCAGUGGCUACCAGCACCACCUGUCUGUCCGUGAGAAUCCCAUCAUCAAGAACCUCAAGCCGGAGACACUGAUCGACUCCUUUGAGCUGCUCUACUACUACGACGAGUACCUGGGCCACUCCAUGUGGUACAUCCCUUUUUUCCUCAUCCUCUUCAUAUACUUCAGUGGUUGUUUCACUCCCACCAAAGCCGAGAGUUCAGCGCCAGGGGUGGCCCUGCUCCUGGUGAUGCCCAGUGGCCUGUACUAUUGGUACCUGGUCACCGAGGGCCAGAUCUUCAUCCUCUUCAUCUUCACCUUCUUCGCCAUGCUGGCCCUUGUCCUGCACCAGAAGCGGAAGCGCCUCUUCCUGGACAGCAACGGCCUCUUCCUCUUCUACUCCUUUGCGCUCACCCUCCUGCUUGUGGCACUGUGGGUCGCCUGGCUGUGGAAUGACCCUGUACUCAGGAAGAAGUACCCGGGUGUCAUCUACGUCCCUGAGCCCUGGGCCUUCUACACCCUCCAUGUCAGCAGCCGACACUGAGUCCCUGGCACCAGCCGCUGGUGCUCUGCCUGGCGGGAGACGGGCCACAGAGAGUGUCUGAGUGUGGUGGGCGGGUGCUUGCGUGCGUGCACACACGUGUGUGUCCAUCCGUGUGUGCAAUCGUGACAACGCUGGUGGGGGUAGGCGUCUUGCACACGGGCGGGUGUGUGUGUGUGUGUGUGUGUGCGCGUGCACAGUGCAUCAUCGUAAUACUCGACCGUUUGGAUCAGGUUUCUCUGUGGCUUCGAUCUUUUCAGGAUGGGAUGUCGUCUUAGGCAGUGUGUCCAGGCCAAGGUCUGGGCCCUGCCUUCUUGUGCACCUGACUGGACUCUUCCUGGGAUGUCUUCUGGUCGCCAUCCCGGAGACGCCUGGUGGGUGGGGCAGCAGCAAGGAGGGGACUGGGCACGUCACCCACCACCUGGCUCACCCCUCAGACCUGCCCUGACCCCGAAGGCCAGAUCACAAAGGUUCCGAUAACUUUCCGGGUGUUGUUGAGGAAGCACAUCCAUUCUCUAGGCGUUGCGUGCGCUAGCUGGGAGCAUGGGCCCAAAGUGUGUCAGUGGGCCGGCUGCAGGCCCCUCUUGGGGCAGCCUUGGGAUGGUUGAGUCGUCCCCUUCUGUUGCUGCCCUAGGAAGGGUACGCGUGCGACAGACCUCACCCAACCUCAGGUCACAGGGAGUGUUGAGCGCCCUGCCCCCUGCCCCUGGAGAGCCAGAGGCCAGCCCUCUCCCCUAACCACAGCCUGAUCUUGGGGUCUCUCCAGCCAUUUCCCUCUGCCGGAAGCUGUAUCCCUGCCCCCUAGCAGAACUAUAGCACCCUUCCCGUCCGCCUGACCCGGGCAUUUGAACUGCAGCUGAAGGCUGAGUUCUUAAACACUUGCAGUAUUCCCUGAGCCCCAUUAUAGGGGCAGGGGCCUUUGGGAGAUGUUGGGGGGAGCUGGAGACUCUCUCCUGGAGGCUUUGUCUGAGCCUGAAUCUCUUGCCUUCUGCUGGCGGGCCUGCUCCCAGAAAAGGGAGGCUUCGUUCCCAGCAGGAUCCCCCUGGGCCCACCUUCCCCCAGGCAUCGGGGCCAGGUCUGCCCACACAGCUGCUGGCCCCCCAGCCCCAUUUUCCAGCCAGCGCUGGCUCUGUGAGCUUGUGAGUCUCUCCCUGGACCCUGCCUCCAUUCCGGUGUUCUCAGGGAGCCCCGUGCCUCCGAUUUUCCUUUCAUGUUGGGGUCCCUCUGCAGCCCCCUUAGAGGUCCCCCGGUCCCUGGUCAGAUGGGUGGAGAGAGGUAUCAAUAAAGACCAGUGUGGAGCCAA